UGGAAGAUCGAUGACAAGCCGGUGAAAAUUGACAAAUGGGACGGUUCGGCCGUGAAAAAUUCGUUGGACGAUUCUGCCAAAAAGGUUCUCCUGGAGAAGUACAAGUACGUGGAAAACUUCCGGCUGAUCGACGGCCGCCUCAUCAUCUGCACAAUCUCCUGCCUCUUCGCCAUCGUAGCUUUGAUUUGGGAUUACCUGCAUCCCUUUCCCGAAUCCAAACCUGUCCUGGCCUUUUGUGUUGUCUCGUACUUCAUGAUGAUGGGGAUCCUGACUAUCUAUACCUCCUACAAGGAGAAGAGCAUCUUCCUGGUAGCUCACAGGAAAGAUCCCGCCGGGAUGGAUCCCGACGACGUCUGGCAGCUCUCCUCCAGCCUCAAACGGUUCGAUGACAAGUACACCCUGAAGCUGACUUUCAUCAGCGGGAAAACCAGGCAGCAGAGGGAAGCCGAGUUCACCAAAUCCAUUGCCAAAUUCUUCGAUGCCAACGGGACCUUGGUCAUGGAGGCGUACGAGCCGGAGGUAUCCAAGCUCCACGACAGCCUGGCCCUGGAGAGGAAAGUGAAAUGAGCCCGGAUGCUUCCCGGGAACACCCCAAAUCCCCACCAAUAAAGGCGGAUAGCGAAGAAA